UUUGAGAUCUAUACAAACAAAAUGAGAAUUUUGAACUGUACAGAAAAAAAGAUAGAAUUUUGAAAACAUUCUAGUAAGAAAUUUCAACAAAGAUUUCCAAAUAAUUGCUGGUGGAUCCUUAAUUAUGUUGAGGUUAACUGUACCUCGCUUUCUCCUCUUCACGAACACAACUGCAGCAACAACAAAGCCAAGAACUAAAACAACCCUUCUGUUUCCUAGUUCUCAUUAUGUAUUUUCCACAUUUAAACAAGAAGAAAAUCAAGAAAAAGCAAAGCACUUGCGCUCACUUUUACUCAGAAACCCAACAAUCCACCAAAUCACUCUACAAGUCCACUCUCAGCUACUCACCACUGGCUUAUUGAACCAUUCCAUGCUUCUCUUGAACACUUUGCUUAGAUGCUAUUCUCUUAGUGACAAACCCCAGCUAGCUUUCUUGCUUUAUAACCAACUCCAACAACUCUACUUUCACUCUCCCUCAUCACUAAACCCUCCUUUUGAUAGCUUUGCCUAUACAUUCCUUGCAAAUGCAAGCACUAAUUCUUCUUGUCUGUUUACAGGAAGACAGUUUCAUAGUCUUAUAAUCAAAGUGGGUUUUCAAUAUCAUGUUUAUGUACAGACUGCUCUGCUAAAUUUAUAUUCAGCUAGUGGGGUUUUAGGUGAUGCAUUUCUCGUGUUUGAUGAAAUGCCUGAGAGGAAUUCUGUUACUUGGAAUGUGAUGAUUACUGGAUUGGUCAAGUGGGGUCAGCUUGAAUUUGCACGUUCUCUCUUUGAUGAGAUGCCGGAAAAAAAUGUUGUAUCUUGGACUGGAAUUAUUGAUGGGUAUGUUAGGACAAAUAGAUAUAGUGAAGGUUUAGCUUUGUUUCAAAGAAUGAUUAUCUUUGAGGGUAUCAAACCAAGUGAGAUAACUAUUCUUGCUAUUUUACCUGCAAUUUCAAAUAUGGGAGAAUUAAAGGGUUGCAGAUUGAUUCACGGUUAUGGAGAGAAAAGUGGAUUUGUUGCUUCUGAUAUUCGUGUUACUAAUUCAAUUGUAGAUACUUAUGCAAAAUGUGGUUGCAUAGAGAGUGCAUCACGAUUUUUUGAGGAGAUUUUAGUAGAGAGGAGAAAUUUGGUAUCUUGGACAUCAAUCAUUUCUGGAUUUGCAAUGCAUGGGAUGGGAAAAGAAGCAGUGGAAAAUUUUGAGAGGAUGGAGAAAACGGGUUUGAAGCCAAAUCGAGUAACGUUUUUGAGUGUUUUGAAUGCAUGUAGUCAUGGAGGAUUGGUUGAAGAGGGGCUCGAGUUUUUUGAAAAGAUGGUGAACGAGUAUCAGGUUGGGCCAGAUAUUAAGCAUUAUGGAUGUUUAGUUGAUAUGUUGGGAAGGACAGGAAGGUUAGAAGAAGCAGAGAAAUUGGCUUUGGAAAUCCCUGGUGAAAUUGUCAAUGCUGUGAUCUGGAGGACUCUUUUAGGUGCAUGCAGCUUUCAUGGUCAUAUGGAAAUGGGUGAGAGGGUAACGAAGAGGAUAAUGCAAAUGGAGAGAGGAUACGGAGGAGAUUAUGUGCUCAUGUAUAAUAUCUUUGCUAGUGUUGGAAGGUUUCGGGAUGCUGAAAGGCUGAGAAGAUUAAUGGAUCAGAGAAAUGCCUUAAAAGUUCCUGGCCAUAGUUUUGUCUGAAUAAUUGCAAAAUUAGGCCAGAGAGAUUUAGACAGAUAUUAUCUUUUGCUUUACAAUUUCUGAUGUAAAGGAAAAAGUUGGCUGUUCAUAAACGUGACAGACCAAACAGAUCAUCAUAGAGAUGCUUCUGGAUUGGCUUCUAAUAAUUCUAGUAGUCAAUUCUUCUUUUGAACACAAUUUUAGCAGCAUCUUGUUGAAAUGAUGCCUUGAAAUGGAGAUGGCUUACACGAGAGAGAGGCAGAGGCAAAUGGUAACGUACUUGGCAAGAAGAGGAUUCGCAUAACAUUUGUGAAUUAUACACAGCUAACGUUGUCAAACAAUGAAUUCAAGAUGAGGCUACAACUGGAGUAAAUGCAUUUUCGUUCUACAACAUGGAAGGUGCUCCUGUGAUUCCCAAAGCAGACAUGCAUAUUUCUCUGUUAUGAUUCUUUUUUCUCCCAUUUUUGUACCUACCAUUUUUUUGGAAUAAAUUUCUUAAUAAUACAAAUCUUUCUCCAAGGUUUUCACUUUC